AUGGAGGACCUCGAUGAGACCGCCCCCCUCCUUGCGAAGGUCCGUACGGAGGCUCGGGCCCCGGCCGAGCCCAAGAAGAAGACACCCCUGCCUAUGGUGCAGAUAGGGAUCGUCAUGCUGCUGCACAUCAGCGAGCCCAUGAGUGGGCUGACCAUCUUUCCCUUCAUCAACCAGCUUAUCAGUGAACUCGACAUCACGGGCGGAGAUCCCAAGAAGGUGGGCUACUACGCCGGGAUGAUCAGCGUCAUAGGAGAACUCACUGAUUCCACUAAUAUGGCGCAAGGCUUCGCUUGCCUGCCGAUCUCUUGGUCACUCGGCGCGACCAUCGCGCCUAUGAUAGGAGGUAUCCUGGCGCGCCCGCAGGACCAAUGGCCCAACCUCUUCUCACACCCGUUCUGGGGCAAGUACCCCUACUUCCUCCCCUGCGCAGUCGCAUCUGCCUUCACCGCCGUCUGCUUCAUCAUCACCGCCGUCUUUUUGAGAGAAGUUACCUUCCCAAACGUCGUCGACGAGGACGCCCCUCCCCCUCUCCGGUCGCUCCUCAUCCGCCCCGUCCUGCUCUCUGUCGCUCACUACGGCGCGCUCGCCCUCAUCGAUGUUGGCUGGUUCGCCCUCUUCCCGCUCUUCCUCUCCACGCCCAUCGCCUGGGGGCCUUGGAAUGGCUCCGCCGACGAUCGGCAUCAUCCUCGGCACCGUCGGCGUGCUCGACGGCUCUUCCAGGCGUUCUGCUUCGCGCCCGCCGUCGACCGCUGGGGCCCCAAGACGAUCUUCCGCACGGGCAUUGUCGCGUUCGUCCCAUGUUCGCGCUCUUCCCCGCGAUCAGCGCCGUCGCGCCUCACGAUGCUGUGCAUCAUGGACAUGUCGUUCGGGACGGUGUUCAUGUACGUGCACUCGUCGGCGCCGAACAGCAGGUCGCUGGGCGCGGUGAACGGGAUCGCGCAGGUGCUCGCGUCGGUCGCGCGCGCAAUCGGGCCUGCGGCGUCCACGUCGCUUUUUGCGUCGUCGCUGGAGCACAAUUGGCUCGGCGGCAACCUCGGCUACAAGACGUGGGAGCGGGCGGAGGAGCACGAGGAGUAG